GUUGAAAUUGAGCUUGGAUCCUUUGAGAAUCAUGAAUCCCGACAAGAUUUUCAAGAUUGACCCCGAAGACCAUGAGCACUAGUUGGUAUGAGGCCGUUAGCUGUUGAAAGUCUCAGGGAGCUGAGAAUACUCUAUAGUCUGUACCUUGUGUCUUUUUCAUCAAAAAAAUUAAAAUAUGAGUUGAUAAGUGUAAUUUUGCCUUCGCGUCUCGGAAAUCUCGCAGCUGUGCCGGUCUCAUGCAUAACGUGCCAGAUAAAUACUACGCGUUUUCGCGGGGCACGCGUCACGUGGGACGAGGCUUAUGUAGCCUUUGUAUACUUCGGGGAGAUAAGCUGGCCACGCACGGUGCAAUCCUACGGUCAAACGUUGAUACUCACAUACCAAAACAAAAAAAACAACGCCCAUAGUCCUUAUUCAUACCAGAACCAAAGCUGAACUCUCAUUCCAAGACACCAACAGUGACCAGCUACGCACCCCUAUGGUGCUCACAACGACUGACAAGCGAGUCUUUGGCGCCUUCUGGCUAUUUGGACUCGUGAAUAACGUGCUAUAUGUGGUUAUCUUGUCUGCGGCAAUUGACUUGGUAGGGGUUUUUGUUCCCAAGGCGACGGUGCUUCUUGCCGAUGUGCUACCGUCCUUCAUCGUGAAGUGCCUCGCUCCGUUCGUUAUCCACCUCGUGCCGUAUAACUAUCGAAUUUUUAUGUUGAUUGGAUUGAGCUUCACCGGUAUGCUUACUAUCAGUUUUUCCGCCUCCACCUCCUGGAAGCUCUUUGGGAUAGUGUUGGCCUCCAUUUCGUCGGGAGUCGGGGAGUUGACGUUUUUACAAUUGACCCAUUACUAUAGCGAAAUGUCUCUUGAAGGCUUCAGUUCUGGUACUGGUGGUGCCGGGCUUGCUGGCAGCUUCCUCUACUUGUUGCUCACAACAUGGCUAACCCUCAGCGUGAGGACAAGCUUACUUCUUUUCAGCCUUGCUCCCUUCAGCUUUUUGGCUUCCUACUUCUGGUUGUUACCGCACAUGGAACAGGGGUUCCAUCCAAUUGAUCAGAGUGAACUCCCUGGCGAGGAUUCCAAUGUUGUUUCGGGAUACCAUGAUUCUGGCAUCCUAGGGACUGACUUUGGAUACCGCGCACCUCAGCUUCUGGCUAACAAAGUCCAAGAGGCUUUUGGCCUUAUAUUGAGCCACUCACAGUCCACCCUUAUCAGGGCAAAGCCAUUGAUCGUUCCGUUUAUGGCUCCUUUAUUCACAGUGUACAUCUCGGAGUAUAUUAUCAACCAAGGGGUAACUCCCACGCUUCUCUUUCCCAUCGCUGAGAUGCCCAUGUUUACCAAGUACAGGGAUGCAUAUGUCACCUAUGGGACCUUGUACCAACUCGGGGUUUUUAUUUCUCGCUCCUCCUCCUCCUUCGUGCGGAUAAGAAGGCUAUAUAUCCCAUCCUUGUUGCAAUUUUUAAAUUUGGUCAUCUGCCUUUUCCAGUCCCUCUUCAUGUUCAUCCCGAAUGUGUAUAUCUUGAUGGUGCUAAUGUUCUACGAGGGUUUGCUCGGUGGAGCUGCGUAUGUCAAUACUUUUAAGUUAGUGAGCGAAACAGUCUCAUUGGAAGAUCGAGAGUUCGCAAUGGGGACUGUUGGUGUCAGUGACUCUGCAGGGAUUGUCCUAGCUGCAUGUUUUAGCAUGUGGCUAGAACCGAGUUUAUGCGGAUAUCAGGUUGGUAAAGGAAGAGAUUGGUGCCAGUUACCGUGAUACGAUACAAGUCGUAUCUUUACGUACUAUACAAGUGUGGAGAGUAAUGAUCUUUUGGUAGGUCUCUUUCCAUUGGCGUUUAGUUAAACCGUUUAUGUAAGUGAUAUUUGGUAAACAUUCGAAUGUGAUACGUUUAGAUAACUCGGAUAUAG